AUGUCGGCCCGUAGGAGAACAUCCGACUGGGAAGACAAGCCAGCAAAGGAUCUCGAUCCUGAGGCUGAGCACGUCGAGGAGAGCGAAAACGAGAGCGGCAGUGAAGCAAGCGCAGAUGAGAAUGCUGGCACCGAGCACUAUGUCGCAGUCGGCAAGAGCAAGCUCCGAGGAAAGGAGAGUGUCUCGCUAGGCCCGAAAUACCGCGGCGCUCGCGUCAGCCGCGACGCACUAAACCACUCGAGCGACGACGAUGAAAACGAGAUAUUUGAGGAUGCGCAGGAGGAUCUGGACUCGAAUGGCGAGGAGUACGACGACCCGGACGCCGCCGACUUGGCUGCCGACACUGUAGCCGCCGGAGACGAAGAUGUCGAGAUCUCGAGCGACGACGCACUCGGCGAGAGCGACGAUGAGAAGCUCGAGGCCUUUGCUUUCCGCGGCAGCUCGCAGCCCAAGGAUAAGAAGGGAGGCCGAAGCAAGAGGCCCACCGCUGCUGACUUCAUCUCCGAUGAGGAAGAGGAGGAGGAGGAGGAUGACGACGAGGAAGGCGAAGGUGCCGCAUUAGAUGACGAGGACGACGAGAUGGACGACUCAGAUGACAACGAAGGUCUGACGGACGGAUUGGAAGGGUCAGACGAGGACGAGGAAGACGAUUUGGGCUCCGACGAAGAAUCUGAGGAAGAUUCCGAGGAGGAGGACGACGACGACGCAGAAGACGACAAGCCUCGCGGCAAGUCCUCCAAAGCCGACGCGAGAGCCGAGCAGCGCAGGCUUAUGAACGAAGGUUCAAAGGUGCUCGCCGCCUCCAUCUCCGCCGCCGCGCAGCAAGACGCCCAAAAGGGUCUCGCCGUCCGUGAGCAGCGCAAGACCUUUGACGGCCUCCUCAACAUCCGCAUCAGGCUGCAAAAGGCCCUCGUCGCAACAAACUCGUACUCCACCGUCGAGGACGACGAAGAAGAGCAAAAUUCUGAACCGUACGAGGCGGCCGAGGAGGCGGCGCUCAAGCUGCUCAACACCCUCGACAGCUUCCGUGCCAGCCUGCUCCCCGCAGAGCUUCAGCAGGCCGGCGGCAAGCGCAAGAGGGGCGAAGCCUUCGACGCCGCGACCUCGAGCCAGGAGAUCUGGGAGGGCAUCCAACAAGCCGAGGAGCGCGCGGCCAAAUACCGCAAAAAGGUGCUCGAGACGUGGUCCAGCAAGACGCGCAGCGCCACGGUGGAGGUCAAGUCGCGCAACCUCAUCUCCUCGCAGACGUCCAUCGUCGCCUCCCUCGAGGAGCAGCUCCUCUCGGCCGACCGCCUCGUCAAGCGCACCCGCACCCCGCGCUCGUGCGCGCCGGCGCAGGUCGCGGCCAAGGUCAACGAGGACCCGGACAUCUACGACGACGCCGACUUUUACCAGCUCUUGCUCAAGGAGCUCGUCGAGCAGCGCACCGCCGACAACGGCGGCGCCGGCGCCUCGGGCGCGCAGCCCACGGUGCGGUGGGCGGCGAUGAAGGAGGCAAAGACCAAGAAGCACGUCGACAGGCGCGCGAGCAAGGGCCGCAAGAUGCGCUUCAACGUCCACGAGAAGCUGCAGAACUUCAUGGCGCCCGAGGACCGCAGGGCGUGGGAGCAGGAUGCCGUCGACAGAUUGUUCGGCACGCUGUUUGGACAGAAGAUGGAGCUCGGCGAGCAGGCUUCUGAUGCGGAGAUGGAGGACGAUGGGGAGGUUGAUGCCGAGGAGGCUGGUCUGCGUUUGUUCCGCAACUAG